GGAGGCGGGCAGAAAGACCCCCCCCUCGGGCUGGGAAGAAGGGGCGUCGGAGGACGCGGUUGCAGGGAGGGGAGGAGACGGCCCAGCUCGCCCUGCUGUUCUUCCUCCUCCUCCUCCUCCUCCUCCUCGGAUCGGGCCAAUAAAGCAGCUGCAGAGCAGGGCGGCCGGCAGAGAGGGGGUUAAGCCGGAUCCGCUCGGACCGACCCCUUCCCGGUGAGGCUGCGGGACCGACUGCAGCAAGCAGAAGGACUCGGCGGCCGCCUCCCCCGCAGCCUCCGCUCAGUCCUUCGGAUGCUUUUCAAGCCUGCUCUCCUAAGGGUCGCAGGUCCCUUUCGCUGUUCUCCCGCCGCGCGGGCGACUCUCCUUUUUGGGCGCCUCUCCCGCGCCCGCCUUACCUUGGGUUCCGGAAGCGCCUCUUAGAAGCGGCGAUGGCCACCAAGAUCGACAAAGAAGCCUGCCGGAGGGCCUACAACCUGGUGAGGGAUGACAGCACGGGGGUGAACUGGGUGACAUUUAAGUACGAGGGCUCCACCAUCAUCCCAGGACACAAUGGCGUGGAAUACGAAGAGUUUAUACGACAGUGUACAGAUGACAUUCGGUUGUUUGGCUUCAUCCGAUUCACCACUGGAGACACCAUGAGCAAGCGAGUCAAGUUUGCACUGAUCACCUGGAUAGGGGAGAACGUCAGUGGCCUUCAGAGAGCUAAAACAGGGACUGAUAAGACGCUCGUGAAAGAAGUUGUCCAGAAUUUUGCCAAAGAGUUUGUGAUCAGUGACCACAAGGAACUGGAUGCCGAUUACAUCAAGAGUGAGUUGAAGAAAGCCGGAGGUGCAAAUUAUGACGCUCAGACAGAGUAAACCGGGAAGAGGAACACAACACCCGUGCCUCCUGCAGCUACCUGAAUAGAUGUGUCAGUAUAGGAGGCGGGAAAGCACAAUUUACCUGUGAAAACAAAACUGGAGGAUGACUUGAGGCAAGUUUGAGAAGGCCUCUCCGAAGCCUGUUCCUGUCUCCAGAAGUGGACAGGAAGUGGACCUUGAUUUUUUUUUUUCCAUUCCAUCUGCCAAACCAGCUCCUUCUUAUGUGAUCUUUCUCUCUGAGUUCUUUUUUUUUUUUUUAACCACUGUCUUUCUCACGAACAUUACCUAGGGGACCUGGCCCCAUAGGAAGUUGGCCAGAAGUCAAGGUGUUGGCUGAAGGGCCUGCUACAUGGUUCUCGAGAGCUUUAGAUCUUCCUGUGAACCCUUCUGUCGGUCUAGAAAGUCUCCAAGGUUGAAAAACGAAUUCAUUCUUGACGGCCGUCUCCCCUAACAGACCAGCUGAAGGGCUUACGAUGUGCAGAAUGAGUUACGCAGCCCGUGAACCUCAUGGUUUCUUCCAAAGUCCUCUCUGCUGUGUUGGAUGAGAAAUCCACACCACAGGAGGAUUUAUUUCUAGGUUUUUCCAACAACAAAAAGCACAAAAUUGCUGUUUCCCCCCCCCCAAAAUAGCAAAAGGGCUGUGGCCUGAGGCCCCCCCCCCUCAAGGCUAAAUGCAACUCUCUAAAGUUAGUACAGGUUAUGAUUGUUAAUGAAGUAGAAGAGAGAAUGUUAAAUACAAGGUGGCAUUUGAUUCACUGAAAUGGAAUCCUAUUUAAAUUGGGCCAGCCUCUUUGGCCAGGCACCACCUAGUAGUAAAGGGUGAGCACUGAUUUGAGCCUUGACUGAAACAAGUCAUGUAUUUGUGGGACAUAAAGCUUCCUUUAUCGCACAUAAGCAAACUGAUUUACUCAGAUCUCUGUUCCCAGAAGAUUUGGUUCUUCGGUUAGGUACAUGCCAGAUUGUGGGAUUUUACCAUUGUGCUUAAAAAUAAUUUCCUUGUGCCCAAUGGAACUUUGUCACAAAGAGCUGUGCAGAGUGUUGUAGUCUCCAGUUGCAAUUGCGCAUACAUUUUCCUAGGAGUAAGCAGCGCUGGACAGAAUGGGAUUUCUAAGCAUGUGGGUGUGGGUGGAAGGUCAGAGGGGAUUGGGGGUGAGUAGUGAAUGUGUUUGUUUGCAGCCCCUGAAAUCCACACAUGCUAACGUCACUAAAGGUCAAAGAGAAGCUGAAAUAUUUGGCAUUAAACAGCCAUCAAGGGAAAAAUACGAUCUUUUAUUUCAGUUUUUCAUGGAAUACGAAGAAAUAUAAUUUGCCUUAAAGGAACAGCUUGGUUAUGCAUCAUGUGAUCUUUCUCUCUUUCUUUCUUUCUUUCUUUCUUUCUUUCUUUCUUUCUUUCUUUCUUUCCUUCCUUCCUUCCUUCCUUCCUUCCUUUUUUCCUUUAUUUUUUCUUUUUUAAAAAAAAACAUUGCUGUAAAGAGCAGUAAAUAAGGGAGAAAACAAAAUGUCUCCUUUUCUGAUUGUACUGUUUUGUACUGUCAUUGUUCACUUUUUUUAAAAUUUCUGCAUUUGUACCCUGAAUGUGUAAGAUGAUUGCUGGUGAGGACUUGUAAACAAUUAUACAACAGCCUUGAGUUGCA